AUGGAAGCAGUAUCGGGCACUCCGCCGCCGGAGACACUGUGUACAGAGCCGUUGAUGACGGACAAGCAGAGGGGAAAGCUCUACUACUUGUGGCAGCAGACCGGAGUCUACAUUCCCUUCGCCGACAACAGUCAGCGGGGGAGAAAUAAGCAGCAAGUGACGAUGAAGGAAGCGUGGACCCUUAUCGCCAUGCUCGAACGUGGCGAGAGGCCGUCCGAGGCUUAUAUCAACUCGUUGGGGCGAAGCUCUACGACGUCCCGAAGCCGGUCGCGGGACGUCGAGGGGAGGCCGCAGGAGGGAGAACAACCUUGCCCUCCGCUGACAGAGGAACAGCUGACCUUGUUGACUGGGCUGCUCGACUUGAUGGGUAUCUCGCAGGAGGAGAGGCUUCAGAAGCUCUCCCGUACCGUCGUUUUCCAUGGGUCUCUGCUCACCAAGGAGUUAGCGGCGUACAAGGAACGGGGCGGCGUCAUCAGCGAGGACAGCAUGGGGAACAUCAAGCACGUCGUUGAGCGCAUCCAGAAGGAGUUGCCGAGUUAG